AUGUUGGCUCCGCUCUUGCUGAGACUAUUAACACUAGCAGGAAUCAUUGUAGCAUGCGCGCAUGCCGAAUCUGAAAAUAAGAUUGCCCUAUCUUCUCGAGAAAACGAGGCGAAGAGGUUUUUGGGAUCAGCAUUGAACGCACGAUACCGAAAUGCCCCGUCAUAUGAUAGUUCGGAACGUUAUCGUUAUAUACCGUCGAGUAAUGGUUUAAAACGCUUUUUGGGAUCGGCGCUUAACGCGCGAUAUCCAUAUCGGCCGCAGUAUGAUAGUAAAGAUGUAUAUCUAGGAACGAUACUGAACGAUCUUUAUCAAACGAACCCUGAAAAUAUUCAACGUUACGACACUGGUUUUCUCAAUGCACUAUAUAAUGGAGAUUCAGACAGCAAACGUUUGUUCGAGUCGUAUUAUCAUAAUCAACGUUUCAAACGAUCUGUUCUCGAUGAUAACAAAAAUGAGCAAAAACGUUUCUUGGGAUCCGCAUUGAACGCUAUGAAUAGAAAUGCAAAAGACACAAAUGACAAGCGUUUCUUAGGAUCCGCUUUAAACGCUAUGAAUAGAGAUGCAAAGGACACAAAUGAAAAACGUUUCUUGGGAUCCGCAUUGAACGCUAUGAACAGAAAUGCAAAAGACACAAAUGACAAGCGUUUCUUGGGAUCCGCAUUGAACGCUAUGAAUAGAGAUUCAAAGGACACAAAUGACAAGCGUUUCUUAGGAUCCGCUUUAAACGCUAUGAAUAGAGAUACAAAGGACACAAAUGACAAACGUUUUUUAGGAUCCGCAUUAAACGCUAUGAACAGAAAUGCAAAAGACACAAAUGACAAACGUUUCUUGGGAUCCGCAUUGAACGCUAUGAAUAGAGAUUCAAAGGACACAAAUGACAAGCGUUUCUUAGAAUCCGCUUUAAACGCUAUGAAUAGAGAUGCAAAGGACACAAAUGACAAACGUUUUUUAGGAUCCGCAUUAAACGCUAUGAACAGAAAUGCAAAAGACACAAAUGACAAGCGUUUCUUGGGAUCCGCAUUGAACGCUAUGAAUAGAAAUGCAAAAGACUCAAAUGACAAGCGUUUCUUGGGAUCCGCAUUGAACGCUAUGAACAGAAAUGCAAAAGACACAAAUGACAAGCGUUUCUUGGGAUCCGCAUUGAACGCUAUGAAUAGAAAUGCAAAGGACACAAAUGACAAACGUUUCUUGGGAUCCGCAUUGAACGCUAUGAAUAGAGAUCCAAAGGACACAAUUGACAAGCGUUUCUUAGGAUCUGCUUUAAACGCUAUGAAUAGAGAUGCAAAAGACACAAAUGACAAGCGUUUCUUGGGAUCUGCAUUAAACGCUAUGAAUAGAGACCCAAAGGACACAAAUGACAAGCGUUUCUUAGGAUCCGCUUUAAACGCUAUGAAUAGAAAUGCAAAAGACUCAAAUGACAAGCGUUUCUUGGGAUCCGCAUUGAACGCUAUGAACAGAAAUGCAAAAGACACAAAUGACAAGCGUUUCUUAGGAUCUGCUUUAAACGCUAUGAAUAGAGAUGCAAAAGACACAAAUGAAAAACGUUUCUUGGGAUCCGCAUUGAACGCAAUGAAUAGAGACCCAAAGGACACAAAUGACAAGCGUUUCUUAGGAUCCGCUUUAAACGCUAUGAAUAGAGAUGCAAAAGACUCAAAUGAAAAACGUUUCUUGGGAUCCGCAUUGAACGCAAUGGAUAGAGAUCCAAAGGACACAAAUGACAAACGUUUUUUGGGAUCCGCAUUGAACGCUAUGAACAGAAAUGCAAAAGACACAAAUGACAAGCGUUUCUUGGGAUCCGCAAUGAACGCUAUGAAUAGAGAUCCAAAAGACACAAAUGCCAAACGUUUUCUGGGAUCCGCAUUAAACGCUAUGAACAGAAAUGCAAAAGACACAAAUGACAAGCGUUUCUUGGGAUCCGCAUUGGACGCUAUGAAUAGAAAUACAAAAGACACAAAUGACAAGCGUUUCUUGGGAUCCGCUUUAAACGCUAUGAAUAGAGAUGCAAAGGACACAAAUGACAAGCGUUUCUUAGGAUCCGCAUUGAACGCUAUGAACAGAAAUGCAAAAGACACAAAUGACAAGCGUUUCUUGGGAUCCGCAUUGAACGCUAUGAGUAGGGACGCAAAAGGAACAAAUGACAAACGUUUCUUGGGAUCCGCAUUGAACGCUAUGAACAGAAAUGCAAAAGACACAAAUGACAAGCGUUUCUUGGGAGCUGCAUUGAACGCUAUGAAUAAAAAUGAUCAAACAUUCUUUGGAACUCGAGGUUUGUAAAAUCGCCGAAUGGUGUAAACAAUUGUCCUACGCGUUGUUCCAUAAUACAC